AUGGACAACCUUGGCGGCGAAGUAGUCGCCGGGCCUGAUGGUGCAGAGUUCACGUUCAACAAGCAACGCGAUGCCCUGACAAUCGUAACCGACUACUACAUCUUCUAUGGCGAGGUAUCUGUUGAGAUGAAGGCCUCCCCCGGUACUGGCAUUGUCAGCUCCAUCCAUAUGCUGUCAGAUAACAAUGAUGAGAUUGACUGGGUGAGCUCCAACUUGCAUUUUUGUCCCAUGGGAAACGAACCUAACCAUACAUACAGGAAAUACUGGGUGACUUUACCGACAUGCUACAGACGAAUUAUUUCGGCAAGGGCGAUACCAGUGAGGAUUACAAUCGCUGGGCAUGGCAGCGGGUGGAAACCCCCCCAAGAAGUCUUCCACAACUACACUUGGAUUUGGUCCAAGGAGGAACUGUCAUGGGCGAUCGAUGGCACCGUUGUUCGGACAGUCCACUAUGCUGAUGCAAAGGGUGGCACCCGCUUUCCGCAGACACCAAUGCGCAUUCGAAUCGGUAUCUGGGCAGCAGGCGAUCCGACCAGAAACAAGCGCACCAUCGGCUGGGCUGGCGGCGAGACUGAUUACUCAAACGCACCGUUCACGAUGUAUGUCAAAUCGAUUGAGAUUGUCAACUACACCCCGGCAGAAAGCUAUGUCUACUCCGACAGAUCUGGCUCUUCGGACAGUAUUAAGAUAAAUCGCCACACUUCCUCGAGCGAGACUUCAGCCACCACCGAUACUGCCAUGCAGGUUUUAUCUUCUACCGAUUCAUCGACUAUGACGACUUAUCCCGCGUCACAAAAUGAGAUUGCAGGCUCCUUGACCGUUAAUUCGAGUUUGACCGAAUCCAAAAAUUCAACCACCCCCGAUAUCCCCUUGGCCCAAAUGACUAUCCCCCAACUCUUGCAUCAUCUCGAGACCACAGUUGAGAAUAUCCUGGAUUUCCUGUCGACCAAAGCUAGAGCGACCUUCAUCUCGAGGAAGGGUACUGUCACCUCAGCGAUAGGUUCUUGGGACCUCUUUUUUCUCCAGGCUUUCGGUGUUAUUGUCGUUAUCUUUCUGGUCCUAGGCAUUGUUUUAGCGUGGGUUUGCUUUUUCUCGCGUAUUUGCACUCCUCAGGAUUAUAGUCGAGGCAGCUGGUGA